AGGAACUGUAGGUCAAGAAACUAAGUAUUGACUAUUGGAUCAUGUCUAAGGAACUUUUUCCUGCUGCCAACAGUGCCCAAAGGCUGGGUGUUCCUGCCCCUGUUUUAAACACAACAAAAGUACCACUGCAGAGAGGAAGGUCUUUAAUGGAUUGGAUUCGUUUAAGCAAAUCUAACGUGGAUUUGCGAGGUACUGGCCCACGCCCUCUUAAAAUUUCAAUGGAGGAGUUAGCAAAGCAUAAUACCCAGUGACGAUGCAUGGAUGGCUAUUCGAGGAUAUGUUUUCAAUGUGACAAGAUACAUGGAAUACCAUCCUGGAGGUGAAAGUGAAUUGAUGAGAGGCGUUGGUAAAGAUGCCACUUCCCUGUUUGAAGAAGUUCAUCGCUGGGUCAACUUCGAAUCAAUGUUAAAAGCAUGUUUCAUAGGGACUCUCAUUCCAGAUUUCACAAUACCAAAGCAACCAAAAUCUACCUCUUCCCUACUGUCAGUACCUGGCAAUAACUUGUUAAAGCUUCCAGGCUUAGGUAAAAUUGGUGGUAAGCAAUAUUUUAAUGUUGGUUUCAAGCAAACAGAGGAAGAAGUUAUAAUCUUGUUCCAAAGUGAUUCUUUAGAAACGUCUGUUGAGAAUUUUGUCUGUAAUAUCAGUAAUGAUGGACUCUCUAUGCAUGUAGACUUUAUCUCACACAAGCAAUCCUUGUCAUAUUUUAUAAAGCUGCAUAAGCAGGUUAAAGCAAGCAUUUCCAUUGUGAAAAGGGAAGUUAUAGAAAUUGCUUUGAAAAAGGCUGAACCAGGAUCUCUUUGGGAUGGAUUUGGUUCAUGCAAACAUACGCAGCCUUUCAAAAACAGACUUCUCUCUUGUACGCUAAUCUCUAAAUCAAACAUCACACAUGAUACACUUCAGCUGCAUUUUCGUCUGCCUGAAUCUUGCCAUAUGCUUACACCCAUGGGUGCACAUGUCUUUUUCCAAGCUUCAAUAGAAGACAUUUUAAUCAGGCGUCCUUACACUGUUGCAUUACCAUGCAUUACAGAAAGCACUUGUGCCAAUGACCCAAACAACUUCUACACUUUAAUUAAGGUGUAUGAAACUGGUGCUUUGACCAAAGUCAUUGGAAACCUCUCCCCUGGAGAUGAGAUUUCUGUUGCUACUUUUGAGAUCAAAUUCCAUAUCGGAUUAAUUUCCUCAUUUAGUAACAUACUUCUUUUAGCUGCCGGCACAGGGUUUACACCCAUGGUCAGAGUUAUGCAUCAUUGCCUUUUUAAUACUGAUAAAAAGGUCCAGCUUGGAUUUUUCAAUAAGAAAGAACUUGACAUAUUAUGGAGAAACGAUUUAAAAACAUUAAAAGCGAGAUUUUAUAGUCGAUUUACAGUAGAUCAUGUUUUGUCCCAGCCAGACCAAGAUUGGAGCGGUCUGAAAGGUCGUGUUUCAAUCCCCCUUCUUAAAGAGAUGCUUUCGAACUUCCAAAUCGAUACAACUUUUGUGUUAGUGUGUGGCCCAACACCUUUUACUACACUAACAUUAAAAUUUUUAUCUGACAUGAAAGUUAAAUCAUCCAGCGUAUUUGCUUUCACAUAGUUUAAUCUCCUAUGUUAAUGUUUUUAUGUCAUUUAUGUGGUUUGUUCUACUUAGCACAAUUUAUCUGUUAUUAUUUUUUGUUUAUGCGUCUAUUUUAUGUGUUAACUACUUUGUUUUUAACAUUUUAAUUCUCUCUGUACUUUGUUGUAAAAUGUAUUUUACAUUAUUUAGGAAAUAUUGUAUUUGAAAUUUUAAAUGUCUGUG